UUGUAUCUUCGGUACUCUGUUUCUCGUUGAAAAUGAGUAGACAUCCAACGGUUAAGUGGGCGCAAAGGUCUGAUAAGGUUUACAUAACCGUGGAGUUACCAGAUGCUGAAGAUGUAAAGCUUAAGCUUGAGCCACAAGGAAAGUUCUUUUUCUCUGCUACGAGUGGAGAUAGCAAGACACCGUACGAGGUGGAUCUUGAUCUGUUUGACAGUGUUGAUGUGAAUGAGAGCAAGGCGAGUGUGAGCUCGAGGUGUAUAUGUUACAUGGUGAAGAAAGCUGAGAGUAAAUGGUGGAACAGAUUGAUUAAGCAAGAAGGGAAAUCUCCGGUUUACUUGAAAGUUGAUUGGGAUAAAUGGGUUGAUGAAGAUGAAGAUAAAGGAGGAGGAGCGGAUAUGGACUUUGGAGAUUUCGAUUUCAAUAGUCUUAACAUGAGAGAUACUGAUGGCAUUGGGGAUGAAGAAGAUUGUAGUGAUAUGGAGGAGAUUACGGCAGAAUCAAAAGUAGCGGAGAAGAAUAUAGAAGGAGAUGGAGAGAAAGAAGAAGGAGAUGUGAAGAAGGAUUGAGUUUUUUUACCAAAAAAAAGAAGGAUUGAGUUUAUCUUAUUUAUAUUAAGAUUCUUCUAUCUUGAGACUUGAAAUGGUUUGUGGAAUUAGGUUAUGCUCUACUGGUAUGAAUUACGAUGGACAAAGGACAUUUGGAGAAGCUAUCUUUGUCAUAAACUAGUAUUUGCAUA